CACGAUCUUUCGGCCACCAGUUUUCUAAUGCCGACUUUUCAUAUCUUCUCAGUUCUCGCAUUGCUUCAGAGUGUUGCUGCAAUUUCAAGUAUUUCAACUCUUAUCUGUUUCAUCUUUUCUUCUUCUUGGUUUGAAUCAGUUUGUAUUUGCUCACCUAACGGAUUUGAUUCUAUGGGUUCACGAAGUUUUAAUCUUUUUUUAUGUUUUGGCCCAAAAAGGGAUUGCUGUAAGCGAAGGGGAAAAAGAAGAAAGGCUUCAGUCUGUUGUUGUAAAUAUUGUUCUUGCGUGUGUUCAACAUCCUUCAUAUUGCAAAUGGGAAGAGAAUACAAGAAUUCAUCAUUACGGAUACUCAGUGUUUGUAUGGGUACUGCAUCGCCGCGCAUAUCCACAGAAGUCUCUCUUCUUUUUCCUCCCUUUGAAGAAGAAUCAAUAUUCAUAUCCGAUAUCCAAACGCAACCGCUGGGACAGAUAUUUUACAUAGAGGGUGAACUCCUGGUGAUAAAUGAGGACCAACAUUUCUACACGGCGUGCUCAGAUUGUAAGAUGUCAUUUAUAAGCAGUACUUCGGCAAGACCAAUCUACUAUAUACAUUGCGACCGAUCAACCCAACUUAUCCCCGGCAGAGUCCAAUUUGAAGUUACGGUCGUCGAUCACACUGGUUGUGCAAUAGCUCACACUGGUUGUGCAAUAGCUUCCAUUUCAGACCAAUCAGAAGAGAAGAUGUUGAACCUCACCGUACAAAAUAUUUAUGACAUCUGUCGAACCAAGAAUCCAAAUGAGAAGAUUAUUUUCCAAAAUCCGGACAAGCUAUGUAUUUUGGAUUAUGAGGAAAAAGAUCUGCCAACCAGCCAUUACCAACUGCACCAAUGAUGGGGAUCACUGCAGCAAACAAGUGGAAGGUUGUGGAGAUUAGUUUAGAACCAAGAAACCAACAAAACCUGCCCAGCAAAAAUAGACCUUCUAGCAGUAAACAUAAAACCGAAAUCAGGGCCCCUAUCAAAGGGAUUGAAAGGUACUCAAAAUUUAAGCCUCGCAACUUCGCCCAUGACUGAAUAUGUAUUACUUCAUAAUCUAUUGGCCACUAAGUCACAUAUAUAUUGAGGCUUCCCCUGUAACUCGAGUUCAAGAAACUUUAUCCUAAGCUGCCUGACCAAGGAUGAGAAACACAAAUGAAACAUAAGUGAAAUUAUCAUUUCGAAGCAAAAUAUGUUUUUCCCUUUAUACUGAUGUUGUGUUAAAGUCUUGGAACAAUGUUAGCGCUAGAAGGUAGAUAAGAGUAUCCAUGUGGCAUAACUUGAAGUUCAAAAUUAACUGGAAUUGAAAUCUGCAUUCACUAAUCUGAUACAUUUAUUCUAUUAUCCUUUAACCAAACCUUAUCAUACUAAUUGUCUUGAAUAGUUGUAGGGUUCAUAUUUACAAGUCAUCUGGAAUCCUGAGUGUGUAGAGGUUUUCAGAUCCCAAAUUUGAAUUUAGUUAUUUUCUGGGGUUGACCAUUUGGAUAAUACCACCACAUCACCUGCUAUUCAAAAAACAUCAUUGUUGCUUUUAAAAAACUUCUAGGAGAAUAGAGCUUAGUAGACAAAUAUCUAAUGCAUAACAGUUGAAUUGAGAAGAGCAUUUAAGGUUUGUUUGCUGAAUUACUUCUCAUAAUCAACUACACUUUAUACAUGGAAAAAUAGAUACAAUGAAUGCUUUAUCUAUGGGUUAUGAGUCAAUAAAUUAUGCCAUUUAAAUAUAGUGCUGAAAGUUUGUCGUGUUGAUGCUUAUACUCUUAUUUCGUUUUCUCAUAAAGUUUUUGAAGCAAAGAAAACCUUAAACUGUCGCCUUUUGUCGCGCUGCGCUGUCUUUUUGACAGGCCGGAGUACAUAAAUACAUGGAUUUUUAACAAGCCGGAUUACAUUAACACAUGAAGAUACAUGAUGCGCCAUGCUUGAAAAAG